AUUUUUGGAGUUACCAAGAAACAUAUACAGUAUAUGAUAUACUAGAUGAAAAUGGAAUCUCUAUCAAGUCUGAACACCAUGGACGAAGAAACGUUACGUUAGAGCAGCCUGAUACAUUGCGUACUUUUUUACCAACCUUUUUUUACUUCUUUCUAAUAGAAUUAUUUGAAUAAGAAUUGGAUUUUCUUUGUUUAACAAAUUGUUAUUAGAAAUAAUUUUUUUUAGGAAUGACACUUCUAGGAAAAGGGGGUCGUGUUCUCUCCCUCUCACACUUCUCCACAUAUAUAUGUAUCUAAAGGAUUUAACAAGUUUAGUUUCGCUAUUGUUUGUUGUUUUCUUUGUAAGCAAACAAAUCUUGCAAAAUCGAUUUAAAACCAAAAAAUAUCAAAACCAUAAAUAGAAGGUGAAGGAAGACUCUCUCUCUCUCUCUCUGCUUUCUUCUCCGUUUUUUUGUUUUUUAUUUGAUUCGCUCGGCCGCGGAGGGAGGAUUCUAAAAUGGCGGCGGCGACGACGACAACGGAGCGGAGGAAACAGAUACCGGCGUACAUGAAAGCAGUGUCAGGGUCACUAGGCGGAGUAGUCGAGGCUUGUUGUCUCCAACCAAUCGACGUAAUCAAAACGCGUCUCCAGCUAGAUCGUGUCGGCGCUUACAAAGGAAUCGCGCACUGUGGCUCCACGGUGGUUCGCACCGAAGGGGUUCGUGCUCUCUGGAAAGGUUUAACUCCCUUCGCCACUCACCUCACGCUCAAGUACACCCUUCGGAUGGGAUCUAACGCCAUGUUCCAAACCGCGUUCAAAGAUUCAGAGACCGGAAAGGUCAGCAACCGUGGCCGUUUGCUUUCCGGAUUCGGCGCCGGCGUUCUUGAAGCUCUCGCCAUUGUUACACCCUUUGAGGUGGUGAAAAUUAGACUUCAGCAGCAGAAAGGAUUGAGUCCUGAGCUCUUCAAGUACAAAGGACCUAUACAUUGUGCUCGAACCAUCGUGAGAGAAGAAAGCAUAUUGGGGUUAUGGUCAGGUGCAGCACCGACGGUUAUGCGAAACGGUACCAACCAAGCUGUAAUGUUCACAGCGAAAAACGCGUUUGAUGUACUCUUGUGGAACAAACACGAAGGCGAUGGUAAAGUCUUGCAGCCAUGGCAGUCAAUGAUCUCAGGGUUUUUGGCUGGGACAGCUGGUCCGUUUUGCACAGGACCAUUUGAUGUGGUCAAGACGAGGUUAAUGGCUCAAACUCGAGACGGUGAAGAUGGGGUGAGAUAUAAAGGAAUGGUUCACGCAAUUAGAACGAUUUAUGCAGAAGAAGGGUUAGUGGCUUUGUGGAGAGGGUUGUUGCCGAGGCUAAUGAGGAUUCCACCAGGACAAGCCAUCAUGUGGGCUGUUGCAGAUCAAGUCACAGGUCUUUAUGAGAUGAGAUAUCUCCAGAACGCUCCUUUAUAGUGAGACACGUUUUUUUUAAAUUUGAAUCUGUCAAUUUGGAUUUUGAUCUUCGCAAAAACGAUUUGAUCAAACAAAUAAAAACUACGCUCACGAUUUAUAAGGGUGUUACGAUAAUCAAAUUUUGGGAGUUCUAUU